ACGAAACGGCCGGUUUCAAUGGAGGUCCAGUCAGAAGAUAAACAAGAGAGAAAACUGGGGAAUAUUACCUAUAGGAAAUUAUUUGUGAAACCAUUAUAAUGGGUUAUAUUCAUAUGACAAAUUAAUUUUUAUAUGAACUGGAAUUUAAUUGAUUCCCAUUAAACCCAAAGGCAGUAGAACUAGGGUGUGAAGUGGAAAUACAGUUAGCUAAAGCCAGUUAGACUAAACUGUAAACUGAGAAAUCUGUCAGACAGGCUAGCGAGUACUUAGAUAGCAAGCAUGACUUCUUGAAGUUACAUCACACGUCAGAUCGCAGACUAACGUUACCCUAAACGACGACACGUUUGUAAUGUCAUUUAAAUAAUUACAUUGCACGCGAUAAUUAGGAGUGUACUUUUUGGUAGGGGCCCUGUGCACGCGUUUCAGGUCAGAUGAAUCUGGCUAGAAAGCUGUAUGUACAAUUCGUGCAUAGCGCCGACUCGGUAGGCUAGCAAGCUAAAUUACAUAUUAAGAAUUUGCUUAUGCUUCCUGGCUAACAGUUUCGACCACUGUAAAUCAUUUUUGCGAUGUGAAACAUAAUGUUUUCGAACCACAUAUGGUGUACAACCGAUACUUGAUUUCUCACAGGUCCAGCUCCUUGGGCAUUUUGGCCGUGCUCAAUUGGUAGCGAGCUAAUGUUAACUAGUUCGCUGGAAAUGGCAUGUGUUUCAAACAGUGCCUGUCUGGCUAAAUUGAUUUCAGGACAUUAAUCCAGCGAACCAUAACUGCCUCUCGAGAUGUAAACCAUGGUAUCUAUAACAAUUAUAGGCGCUAGCUAAUCCACGCACGUGGUUUGAUGUUCGUUUCUCAUUAGCUAGUUGCCAGGGAAGGAAGCUAUAGAAGAGACUGUAACUAGCUAGCUAUCCUAGCUAGAUAGCAAACAGUGCUAUGGCAGAACCUCGGAGGGUGCAAUUGACUUGUGUUUCCGGCAAUAUUCCCAUUCCUUCAACUUUACUGAAGAUACCCUUAAAAGAAGAGUCAACCGUUACAACACCAGGAAAUGUUGUGCAUACGGCAGUUUCAGAAAAGUCUGAAACAACUGCGCGAAUUGUCCUUGCUCUUUUCGAGCCGGAUCAACGGCGCUGUCCAGAGUUUUAUUAUCCAGAACUUGUGAAGAAGAAGAGCAAUGCACUCAAAAAGCCAAUCAAAAGUUUGGAAGAGGUUGAAGAGGAGAAACAGAAAGAGGAGGCAGAAGCUCUAGCCAAGAAGUUUGAAGAAAAAUAUGGAGGAAACAAACGCAAGAAGGACCGCAUGCAGGACCUGAUUGAUAUGGGCUAUGGCUACGAUGAAACCGAUUCAUUCAUUGACAACUCCGAGGCAUAUGAUGAGCUUGUACCAGCCUCACUCACAACCAAGUAUGGUGGAUUUUACAUCAAUUCUGGAAUGCUGCAGUUCAGGCAGGCAUCUGAAUCUGAAUCUGACGAUUUCACUGAUGAGAUGAAGAAAAUGAAGGCUCCAAAGAAGAAAAAAUUGAAGGAUGGAGGGGAUGUAAAAUUAAUCAAGAAGAAGACAAAAGAUGGGCAGCAUAAAAAAUCGAAAGUUUCAAAGACAGGCAUUAUGCCUCUCAAUUCAACUGAGGAAAAGAAGAAAAAAAAGAAGCAUUCUGGUGGCCUGGGUGUCAAUGAGAUGUUGAAGAAAUUCCAAAGAGAGAAAGAAUCAUCAUUAAAAGAGCCAAAGCCGCUACAGAGCAGCCAGCCCGUGACUCUCCCGGUUCGAGAGAUGGACUCCAGCUUAAAUGUGGCGGAUCCUCUCCUCUCUCUCAUUGGCUGUGCUAAUGAGAGUGAUCUCUUCCAGGCAGCUAGUACCAUUGACUUUGACAUUGACCUGGACAAGCUACUCUAUGAAUCUCCAGAGCCUAGUCCCCCAGGCUUAGAUGAGAAUAGUGACCCUCAGUCUGCAGUACAGACUCAGAAGCAACCCCUCUCACUCCCGGAAGGAUUGCCACCCGUUCUGGAGAGGCGUAUUAAAGACCUGACUCAGGCUGCUAAAGCUUCAGAGGGAGAAGGGAAGCAGAAGUUUUUCACUCAAGACAUUAAUAACAUGUUACUUGACAUUGAGCUUCAAUCCAGAGAGCUGAACAGCCAAAUGCGCUCGGGGAUCUACGCACACCUGGCCUCUUUUCUCCCAUGCAGCAAGGAUACACUGGUCAAAAGAGCAAGGAAGCUCCAUUUACAUGAGCAGGAUGGGCGUCUCAAAGAGCCACUUCAAAGACUGAAAGAAGCCAUUGGCAGAUCAAUGCCUGAACAGAUUUCCAAGUACCAGGAUGAGUGUCAGGCUCACACGCAAGCCAAGUUCGCAAAAAUGUUGGAGGAGGGUAAGGAAAAGGAACAGAAAGAUAAGGCUUACUCUGAUGAUGACGAUGACGAGGAGAAGAGUGGCAGGCGGGUUAUGGGACCAAGGAAAAAAUUCCAGUGGAAUGAGGAGAUAAGGGAGUUUCUUUGCAGUGUUGUCAGGCUUAAAAUGGGCAGCUAUGAACUGGAGAGAAACAAGUCCCAAAAUGCAGAAGAGUAUCUGAAGGCUUUUUUGGAGGCUGAAGUUAAACCGCUUUGGCCAAAAGGAUGGAUGCAAGCCAGGAUGCUGUUCAAAGAGAGCAGGAGAGCGCAUUGUCACAUUACGUGUCUACCGACCAAAAAGAAAGUCAUAACUGCCCCAAAAAUAAAAAACAAGGAGCAGCUUGUGAAACUUGAGAGAAAGGUGACCUCCUUGGGCACAGCGCCAGCACCCACCGGGAGCACGUCCGUGUUCGUGCCAGGGUCUGGGAGCCCGUCAGUGUUGGCGUCCGGUUCUGAGAGCUCGUCGGUGGGGCCCCAUGGUCCCUGUGCGCCUCAUUGCGCUCCGGUCCAUGGCCCCAACAGUAUUCAAGCCUUCGGCAUGGACGACUCGCUGGAUGGAGAUUUAAUUCAUAAUCCUCCUUCGCUGGGGUCUGUUUCCGAGGAGCUGGCGGCCCUGAACAGUGACGUGAGGGCCAGCCCUGAUUUCUGCUUUUCCACAGUACACAAGUCUGCUCCUGACAACGUUCCCGCCUUGGCCUUGCAGGAAGAGAGGAACGCUGUGCCAAAGCUGUCUGAAACCACAUCGAUGUCUUCAAUGGUUACAUCGCAGUCGCCGCUCAAUCUUUUAGCGGAGCAAGCUCUAGCGCUUGGGCAGCUCUCCCAAGAUGGGAAAACCGAAAACUCCCAGCUCCUGAUUCUCCCUGGCUACAAGGAACUACUAGCCCAGGCAACCCUCUCUACCAAAGCCUUGUCUGACAGCAUGCCGGCAAAAGAGAGGAGCUUCAGUUUGCCAGGAACCAGCCACUGUUCUUUACCUUCCCCAACCCUGAAGCCUUUUCUACAGCACAGCCAACACCAGAAGCGCUUUCCUACACCACUGCAGUACAGCUUGGGCAGUGCCCAAAACAAAACAUCAAAGUUCUUUCCCCCGUGCCCGGGCAUGCAGCAGCCCAAAGUCGCAUCGAAAGCACAGGCUUUUCAAUCCCUUCCCUCCGCUCCACCCAACAACGGUCACCCUGCCUCUAUCAGCGUCGCCAACAUGAUUCCCUCUCAAGGCUCCUCGCUGAGCUACCUGCCGAAACACGGCUCGACCUCUGGCGCCCCCGGCCUGUCCUUCAAGCCCGCCUUCUCCCUGCCAGGCGGUCCCCAGAGCAGCGCGGCGCCGAGCGUCUCCGGCUCGCUCAGCUCGGCGACCAGCGUGAUCGCGUCGCACAAGUCCCCCUCUCCCAGUCAAGCCUCGGGCCUGCAGUCGCCCAGCCCCACAGUAAAGAAAGCUCCCUCCUCUCAGAAACUCACCUUGGUGGCACCUCCUGGUGGCUCAAACGGGGACUCUGCCGUGGGCACUCAGGGUGUAGCCAGACUCCUCACUUCCUCACUGAACCCUGCUGUGGCACCCCCCGUGUCUGCCCCAGUAGCUGCUGUGAGUCAAGUCACAAAGAGCUCUGCUGGAGCAUCUGUGCUGUCAAGUUCCCCAACGCUUAACCUCCUAUCGCCGUCAUUUACUACAGCGGGCCAGAAACUGACACCGGGAACUCUGGGGAUCCUCCCUGGUAUUGUCCCUAUGCACACGUUCAGUUUUCCUGUCAUCUUCAACCCAGAAUCCGCAUCACAAAAGCUGGGAUCAAAAGACGCCAUCGUCACAGGGCCUGCCCCGGGGACCUUUCACCACGGACUGACUCACAGUAUAUUUGGUGGUUUGCAUUCUAGCUCGCUCCACCCACCGCAACUCCCACAAUCCACUCUGUCCUCCCAUUUACAGCAAAGUCUACAAGAUGGGAACCAAGUCCACGGAGAGAGCGCAAACGCACAGAGAAAGUUGCAAUGAAGUCUCAAAGAAUAAAAAAAACGCUAGUUUGAACUGAGGCAACAUUGAUUAAAAAUUGAAUGGCUUUAAUGUUCUUAUAGUGUUGUGGUGGUAAUGGAAUGGUCGUUUCAAUGUGAGUGGGUGGCUGUGAUGUAAAAGUCGGAAAUGCACAAUGCAACUUGCACUUACAGUCCCCCAACUGGAAUCUUGCUUUUAUUACAUAUUAUAGAAGUAUAGAUCAGUUGAGAUAGGGUAGAGGGUUAUACCUGACAGUUAACUCUAAGUGUAAACACUGAAUGUAAUGUACUGAAGGUGUUUCAUACAUAGUCAGGAUUUGGUGUCUUAAACCUCCCCUUUUUAAAAUAAAAUAAAAAAUGCAUUGUUGCAUAUGGUGUGUGCUGUAUAAUGAGACCUUUCUAAAUUGCACUCAAGUUACUGUCAUUUUGCCAAAUGAAUGAUUAUGGAGAAACUCGGUUGUCGUGGAUUGUUAAAUGAAUUUUGAAACGUGAUCUACAUGUUUCCAAGUUGAUUUGUUUUGAACUUUUGUAUUGAACAUUGAUUCCUCCUCUCCUCAGUAUAACCUCAGUAUUGCAUUCAUUUGUUUUGAUUUAUUUCUAUAUUUGUUUUGUUUCCCAAGUUGCAGAACAGCAUUUUUGGUAUUCUGGAUAGAAUAUUGGGGGGGGGGGGGGAUCCAUAGAGUAUUUUCAUCCUUGUUAUUGGUUUGAUUAACUACUCUGUAAAAUCACGGGACCAUGUUUCUACUGUAUACUGUAUGUAAAUUGCAUUAAGCGCAGUAUUUUUCUGCUUUGUGCUGAAUAUGUGCUACAAUAAAAGGUGGAAAUGGCAUUUAACAUGCAUUUCCAAAAGAUGUUAUUUUCUAAUAGUACAACUGACUAAUGAUACAUGAAAGCAAUUUAAAUGCACUUCUUUAAGAAAAAAGCUAAGGAAAUAAUAUCCUGAGAUAUAAUCUGAAGGGUUUAAUUUUCUGCAGUGUUCUUUAUAUUAUAUUUUGCUCAAAAUUCAAGUUUAUGUUAGAAAAUAAUAUCAGUAUUAUCAUUAAUAUCAUAUGUAUUUAACUUUAGAAAAUGAAAAAGGCCUUUAUAAAAAUGAAAGUCAUUUUGGGUCCCAUUUCUGGUGAGACGAUCUGUGUGGAAAAUAAUUAAACAUUUGUUAAAUCUCAGGACUUAAAGCUAUAUAAUUUUGAGCAAUUUACUUGAACAUUUGACGGUUUGUAAAUUGUACUGCAUAUGUGAUGCUCUAGUUUGUCUAUGUAAAAUGGCACUUUUAAGAUGCUUCAUUGUACUUUCGAUGUUUGUAGUGGAAACAGAUUUCAGAGAAUUUGAAGUCUGUUAUGUUUACCUUGUAAAAAGUGCUUAAUGUUUUGUAUUUCAAAAUUUAUUUAAAUGAGAAAAAAAAUGAAUAAAACAGACUUGAAUAAAAAAUAAAUUACCAUAAAAUUA